AUGCCCAGGGCCGAGGAAGCCAGCUUAUGCAUGCAGAGUGUCGAACCAGUGGAGCACUUGGAGGGCAUCACAAGACAAAAGAGGGAGAGAGAGGCUCAGUUGAUGUCCACCGGCCCGCACGGGGCUGGGCUUGCGUGGGCGGCAAGACGUCCUUCCAUUGUCUGA